AAUCGUUCACUUAACGAAAUGAAAAAUGAAAAACUCACGUGAUCUCUCUAACACCUUCUAUAAACACGAGAUGAUACGUCGUUAGAGGGAGAAAGAGAGAGAUAGAAAAUAUAUAUAUAUAUAUAAAACGUAUUUUCAAUCGAAUAUAAUCAUCGAAUCAAAUAUCAAAUCGGAUCAACGUUUUGUUCUUUCAUAUUUAUAUCGCGUCUGUGAGAGAUACGAUCUGAUUGGUUGAAAGUGAAUUGUGCUUUUAUCAAUUGCUACGCGUGUGUGACAAUGUGAGAAAGAAAGAGAGAGAGAGAGAGAGAGAGAGAGAAAGAGAGUGAGUGAGAGAAGUAGAGAGAAGAAAGAUCGAACUUUAGCACAUAGAGCGAAAAGUAUAGUGAACGUUAAACGACAAACGGAAAGAUAAGGAACGUAUAAGUAAGAGUGAGAUAAAGAAAGAAAGAGUGUGCUUAAGUCUAUAUGUGUGUGAAAAAGAAAGAGAGAGAGAGAGAGAGAGAAAGAGAGAGAAAUAGAGAUAUAGAUAUAUAAAGAGAAAGAAAGAGAAAGACGGAGAUAAAUCGUCUGAGCGCUGCUGGUAAAUAGGAUCGAGUGCGCGAUUCCAUGACUUUGAGGUUGAAAUCGGUGGAAAAGCAGUGCGGACGGCACUCGUGCCGUAAUCACAAUGGAUUUUAAAUAAUUCGUGUUGCGUGCGACAGAGAAAGAGGUAGAGAAUAUAGAGAGAAGAAAGUGUCGCUUGGAGUUUUGCGCCCAAGAGUGUUUCUUUUUUUUUUUUUAAAUUCUCAUCACACAGGUAAAUCUCUCUUCUCUUAUGUACAAAGAGGAACCCACGAACGAACCGAUGCGUUAACGAACGGCCAAAAUGGAAGAGCAAAGCGUUCACAGCAGUAUCAGUGAUAUAAAUAGUGAGGAGGCCGUUAGAAGUGAGACUUUAGUGAUACCACGUAAGAAGAGAAUAUGUUUAGUCGGUACUGCUGGUGAUGAUCCUGCUCUGGGCGCUGCUGCACAACAAUUUAGUGUUCCAGUAUUGAAAUCGGAAACAGGCGUGGAAUAUAUAGAAGAUACUGCAUAUUGCACUUAUUUUAUACUCAAAGAAUUUGAGGGACCUGAAUAUGAUGCUCUUCAUAAAAGUGCCCAUAGGAUAUUGGGACCAACAGCACUUUUGCAGUUGGCAGAAAAGAAGGACUCAUUACCUAGUAUUAAAAGACCAAUGUAUACACAAGCCAUGGUCGGCUCGGUUGUUGUUUUCACAGGAUUUAGAAAAAAGGAUGAGUUGACAAGACUCAUCAACAUGAUACAUAAUAUGGGUGGUAGUAUUCGGAAAGAAAUGGGUACAAAAGUGACGCAUCUUAUUGCUAAUUGUUGUGGUGGUGAUAAGUAUAGAUAUGCUGUUAUAUUUAGAGUACCUAUUAUGUCAAUGAGUUGGGUGACUACUCUCUGGAGUACUAGAGACGAUGUUUCCAGUUAUGGAAAUAAUGAAGAAUUGAUAACAGCUCAUAAACUAAAGCCAUUUUUUGGUGCAAGAGUGUGUUUCUUUGGUUUUCCUGAAGAAGAAAAGAAGCAUAUGUGUGAAGUGUUACAACAACAAGGUGGCGAGCCAACAGAAAUUGACGACCCUAAUUGUACUCACGUAGUAACAGAAUUAGGCAGUCAGCAAAACAAGAAAUCCAACACUGAAAAUAAUGGAUUACUAUAUAAAACAAAUUCAUCUAAUGUCACUUCUUCAUAUCCAACAGAAUUUAGUCCAUUUUCCUUUAUUUUUUAUAAUCCAUAUAUUAAUGCUAUCCCUAACAUCAUGCCAAUUGACUCUGCAUAUUACAUACUAAAUAACAAGAAUAUUAUUCAAUCUGAAAGUAAACAUUAUAACAAAUGGGUACCUUCAUCUAAUCUUUCUUCUACACAUAAAUAUUUUAAUAUGAAAGAAAACUAUAUUUCAGAAAAUAUUAAUCAAGAUUCAGAUAUUUAUAUGGAUGAUAAUUUUUCUGAUACUCAAACUUUAUCUUCUCAAUCUGACACUAUCUCUUCUGAGUCUUUUUCAUCAAUGCAAACUGAUUCAGGUAUUGAUAUGUCUGUGUCUAGUAAAGAUGGACUGGAGAUAACUACAAGUUCACAUACCUUUCAAAAGAUACGUUCUUUUAGUUUGCCAGUAAUAUAUAAAGUAGCAUGCGAUCCCAAUAUGCAGGAUGUCAUUUCUAAAACAGAAUUGUCUACAAACCAAAAUGUGAUAAAAGAAAAUUUUAAAAAUUUGGAGAACAAAUCAGUAUGCUUCAGAUCUUCUACAUUAAACAAGAAUAAAACAAAGUUACUUGUAUGUGUACCUGAAGUUAUCGAAGAAGUAGAACCUUAUCAAUCAGCUCAAUUUGAUCAUUCUACAAUUUUAAAUAAAAAGGUAAAAAAAAGACGAUACAGAAACUGGACAAAAUCUAAGUCUUGCAAUACAAUUUAUAAAGGGGCAUCUUCAAAUAGAUCACAUUUUAGAAAAAUUUGUUCUUAUCCUAAUCUUUUUAGGCAACAUGAUUCUGAUCUUAGUGAUUCUCUUUUAUAUGAUUCACCUAUUCCUAAGAAAAAAAAUAAAAAAUGUUUUUAUUCGCCAAAAAAAAGUCCAACAAUAUUUUCGAAAUUUCGUGAUUUAAACUUUUCUCCAAUGUUAAAAAAAUAUGUGUUAAAUAAUUCAACUAUAGAACAGAGUCAACCUAGACAGAAGUAUACACCAUUACCUAGCUCUCCUAUUAUUCCCACAAAAAUAGCAAAACUAUCACAGUCUAAACAUAUACCAACAAGUGACUUUGAACAACAAGGAAAACUUUCAAACUGUCCUUUCAAGUCUUCUGUACUGAAAGAUGCAAAAACGAAGAAACAGGAGGACGAAUCAUUACUUGUGGUUGUGGAUGAAUCAAAUGUAAAUACACUGCCUGACUUAGCGUCUGUAAAAGCACACGUUGUAAAAGCAGAAUGGUUUUGGACAUCUGUUCAGGAUGAAGGAGCAGCUGACGAAAAAGACUAUUUAUUUGAGAAUUAUCUAGAAUCAGUACUAUCACCAACUGCAUCAGUUAGACGAGAUAGUCAGCAGACAGCUACACCAAGUACAGCAUCUACAAGACGAAAACGUAAACGUCUUGCCGAAACUCUAUCUAGUUUGGUUCAAAAUGGAACAGACUCGCCAGCUGUGCACAAAAGACGAUCUAGCGUCAGUGAUGCUGGGCAUCUAAGUGUGAGUGGUAGUUUUCUUGAUUGCACAGCGAGUCCUGAUAAACAAUUACUCGAUGAUAUUCCAGAGGUAGAAGCUGUUAAUGCAGAGAGUACUAGGAAAAAUCGAUCCCCACGUCACCAAGUUUUUCUUGAACUAGUGCAGACAGAAUCUAAUUACGUUGGUAUUUUGAGUACAAUUAUGACGCUAUUUAAGUCACCAUUGGAGGAUCUUAUAGAAAGUAGUGGUGAAUUAGUGAAUAGUACAGAAGUAAAAAUUAUUUUUGGUAAUUUUCCACCAAUUUAUGAAGUACAUAAGAAAAUGUUAGAAGAGUUACGUUAUAGCGCUACUUAUUGGACAGAAGAUGUUAGUAUAGGUAAUAUAUUUCUGAAGUUUGCACCUGACCUAGUCAAGGCAUAUCCUCCGUACGUCAAUUUCUUCGAAAAUACAAAGGAAAUGCUAGACCAAUGUGAUCAAAACAAGCCACGUUUUCAUGCUUUUUUGAAGAUCUGCCAGACUAAACCUGAAUGUGGCAGGCAAAGUUUGAAAGAGCUCUUAAUAAAGCCAGUACAGAGGUUACCCAGUAUUAGUUUAUUAUUAAAUGAUAUCCUUAAGCACACAAGUAAAAGUAAUCCGGAUUAUAGCGCGUUGGAGUUAUCAAUUAGCAGUAUUAAAGAAGUUAUGACUUAUAUCAACGAGGAUAAACGAAAAACAGAAGGCCAAUUGGCAAUGUUUGAUAUCUUUAAUGAAAUUGACAAUUGCCCACCACAUUUAGUAUCCUCGCAUAGAUCUUUUAUUGGAAAAUGCGACGUAAUGGAACUCAGUGAAGGUCUAAGUGGUCGUGGCGAUCAUUUGGUUCUAUUUCUUUUUACGGAUAUUCUAGAAAUUUGUAAAAAAAGAUCAAAAGCUUUCAACUCGUUAAAGAGUCCCAAUACUGCAAAUGGAUUACAUUCUGCAAAAUUAAGCCAAGGAAAGCCAUAUAAACAUAUAAAAAUGUUAUCUCUUAGUACUAUUAGAAAGGUUGUGGAUAUUCGAGAAACUGAAGAAUGUCAGAAAGUAUUUGCACUUAUGGUAAGAAGUAACCAGGAAUUAAAGGAAAAAUUAUUUUCAUUUACAAUUAUUGAUGAAGAUGUAAACAAAACAAACUAUUUACGUACUUUAUGCAGACAAAUGGCUAAUACAGUUUGCAAGGCUGAUGCGGAUACGUUCCUGAUAAGUCUUGAUUCACAUCAGCUGGAAAUUGAUACUAGUGAUGUAGCGUUAGGAACAUUAAGUAAAGCAUUUAAGAGCCUAUUUCAUAAUUUUUACCUGGAGUAUAUGGACCCGUAUGUGUUCCUACUCAAUAGCAUGUGUGAAACUACGUUACAUGUCCCACUACCGUUUGCAUCUCGUACAAGGAGGAAAGUCGGUAGAGCGUUUAGUUUUAACAAGACUCCUAGUAAACUAAAGAGGGCUAUGUCUACAAUGAUGUCACCUUUUGGGUCAACAAAUAGUCUCACUCCAGCGAGUCAGCAACUUGCCCAGAUGAGACUUGCUAGUUGCAACAAUAUUAACGAACUGGGUAAUGGUGGUUCAGACUCGCCCACUAGAGACGAUGUUCUAGUGGCACCCAUGUCGGUUCAACCGACUCGAAAGGCCAAAUGCAGCUCCCUCAGUAUGGCUUCACUUCGAAGCUAAAGAAUCAAUUAAACAAAUUUAUCUAUACUACAGUAAACUGAAAUUACUGAAAUUUAAUGAAGGCAUGGAAAAGUAUUUAAGGUAGAAACAUUUAUUGUCUUAUAGUUUUCUUUAGUUUUUUCUUACUAUAACAUUUAUUACUAUAACAUAAAAUUUAUGUAAACGAUAUUGAUUCGUUUAUCUGUUUAUGAAAGUUGCUUCAUAUUUACUUUUUUAUUUACCAGAAAUUGUUCAGAAGUGGUUGUACAAGACAAGUCUGAUAUUUGAGAAGCAGAUCAUCUAUAUCACAUAUUGCAUCUUGCUCUUAUUUCUCUCAAUGUCAGUGAAGUCUACAAUGGAAACUACUCGUUGACUACUUUUAGAAAUAUUGAAAAAUAAAAUUAUUUAUGCAAAUGAUACUUUACAUUAUGAUUAUUACUAAAUUUAAUCUUUCAUUUUUUUGCCAUAUAUUACUUUAUUAUAUGCACCACAUAAGAGUAAAAUCUGAUAAUUGCUUAUUAUGCUUAAUUUUUUAAAUAAUUUAUAUAUAAUCUUAUGAUACAACAUAGUAUGACUAAAGUUGAUCAUUUGCAAUGAUAUUUCUUCAUCCCUUAAUAUUUAUGAUUCUGUUAAUGUUGCAAACAUUACAAAAAGGUAAUUAUUCAGAUAAAUUUAUUGUAAAUAAUAUCAAUUUUUUAGACAUAAUUAAAAUCAAUCGGAACACAAUGUAAUUUUGACUAAUUUCAGCUUCAAAAUAUGUUUGCUUAUAUUAGUCUAAUAAAAAAAUUCAAAAUUUUAUAUAUAUUUAAGUUACAUCUAUGUAUAUGCAAAUGUUAAAUAUUUAUAUUUAAAUAGAUUUACAUUUUAUAUAUGCAUAUAUUUUAAUAUUGGCAUAUAAUUAUCAUACUAUUUUUGUGUAUAAUUUAUAAAAAAUAUGUCUAUCAUAUAUAUGUUAAAAUAAUAAACAACAUACAUAAAAUUAUCUACAUUGGACCACAGAAGACAGAGUAUAUAUUAUACUCAUUGCAUAUUUACAUAGCAAUGGAUUAAAUGACGAAUAAGAGUCAACAUUUUCUAUAUUGUAAUAUUUUGGAUAUACAAUUACUGCUACGAAACAUAUCAUUACAAUAAUUCUUGUAUUUUUUAUUAGAAGUAUAAUAUAUAUACGUAUACGUAUAUGUAUAUGAUAUGUAUGUAUGUAUGUGUAUAUAUAUAUGUAUAUAUAUAUGUACAUACAUAUACAUAUACAUAUAUAUAUAUAGUGUCUAUAUAUAUAUAGUAUAUAGAAUAUAGUGUAUGUGUAUGUAUAUAUAUAUAUUGUGCAUAUGAUUAUAUAUAUAUAUACUAUGUGGUUUAUAUAUGCAUAUAUAUAAACAUAUACAUUUUGAUUUGAUAAAAACAAAUAUCAUAUAAAUGUUGAAUCCCAUAAAAGUAAUAAAAGUUCACUUACUUUCCUUCUUUAUAAAAUUUAGAUAAAGAUGCAGAAAAUAAAUGUUGAAAUUUUUAUUUACUUUCCUGGAGAUUAAUAUUAUUUAACAAUUUCAAUAAAAAUUAUUGAAUUUGAUUAAAAAAAAAAUAUUAAUGGUUGGCCUCAUAAAUCAAUAUGUUUUUGAAGAACAAGUCAAUUUUAUAUAACCUUGAAUUUUUGUACAUUGUUUAUCUAUACAUACAUAUAUACAUUCAUAUAUAUAUAAUUUUUUCUGCAUCUUUUUACUAAAUCAAUUCGUACAUAUCGUUAAAUAUAGAUGUCCAAAAUUAUAUAAAUUAAAAAUCAUAUAUAUGUAUGUAUAUAUACAAACAUACAUAUAUAUACAGACACAUAUAUAUAUAUAUAAAAUACGUAUACAUAUAUGUGUGUACGUGUGUGUAUGAUGUAUGUCGUGUAUUAAAGGGUCCCUUUCAAAAGUUUUUAUAGCUAUGUAUGAUAAGAAUAUCAGAGGGUAUAAUUGCACUAUUUUAUGUUAUUACAGUAUAUUAUAUAAGUUUAUUAUUAAAGAUAGCACAGUGUUUAACUAUUUUUUUUUUUUCAAUGCAGAAUACUGCAGCUGUCUAUCUUAAUUUGUUCGUUGUACAUUAUCUUGUUAUUUGAAGCCAGUUUAAUUAUUAUUAUCUUCUACUAGUUUAAUAUUAAACAUUUAAUUUAAUUUUAAGUAUAUUGUAAUGAUUAUUUGUUUAUCCUUGCAAGAUCUUGCCAGUAAAGUCUUGUAAUGAUUUUUGUUGUAUGCUCAAAAUAUCAGUACACAAAGUGUAAUGGAAUUUAUAAAACUAUUAGAAAUAUUCAUUUAAUUCUUAUCAAAAUUAAUAUUCUAUUAAUAUAAAAUAUUAUUCUGUGUGUAGUCAUUAUUUGAUAAUAUUCUAUACAUUUCCAUCAAUUUUAAAUAUUUUUAUUUUAACUCUUCAAAUAUCAUAUCAGAAAAAAUUAUAUAUAUAAGAAUACUUACCAAGAAAAUAUUAAUUUUUGUAAUUAGUGUUUCAGGAAAUUUUUAUGCCAUUUAACAAGUUAUGCAAGUGAACAAGUCACUUGGAGGAAAUAAAAUGUGAUAUUCAUUAUUUUUUAAUACACCUUAUUAAAUGUAAUGUUAUUAAUAAAAUUUUGAAUACAAUAAACUAUUUAAAGAA